GGGCGAGUUCGACGGCGCAGCAAGGGCGACGGCGACGGCGGGGCAACGACGACGGCGAUGAUGGACACCCGCGGGUCUGUAUUAAAACCGGCCGGUUCAAACCGGCCCAAAACGGUUCUUUUCCUUAUCCGGUUACAUCACUCAACCAGAUCGGUUAUGAGUCCGGUUCACCGGUUUUUCAGUCGAACCGACCGGUCCGGUCCGGUUCUUACAACUAUGAUUUCAAGACACCUACAAUGGAGGAAAGAGAAGAAAUAUUGUCAAAGAGAAUUUUGCGGCCGGUAGCAGCUCAUAUAAUCAAGUUCUCUUGAUUAAUAAAUGGGGAGUGUUAGGUAAACAAUGACCAUUUUGAACAAUAUGAACAACUACCAAUCAAAUAAAAAUACACUACACCCUAAUUUAAUGCUACUAAUUAAAUUUAAGAUUAAUUUACUCUUUUAAUCCUAUUAAUUCACAUUGUUCACAUAUUAUUCAAAAAUGUUGUUAAUUACGUAUACUUUUCCUUAAUAAAUUAAUAUGCACACAAAAUGAGAACAACCAAAAUUUAAUGCAUGCAAUGAGGUCCGGUUCGGCUAGCACAAGGAUUUCAUUAACAGAUGUUACAAAUUUGGUGAAUAAAAAGUCUCCUAUUCCUUUGCUCUCCAAUGAAAACUCAAGACGUGGACCAGAAAACGUAAUUCAAACACCAAUUAUAGUAACAACUAAUUCAGGAAAAAACACCGAUAGUAUAAAAAACCAUGAUGAUCAUCGUGGUGAUAAUCAGUGUUCUUCGAAUCUUCAGUCAACUACUGUACCAGCUUUUGAAAAUUUAUCAAACAGGAUAGCUAUUGGAAAGACAGUGAUCCAAGCUUCACAAGUUAUAAAGUCUGUCGCAAAGAGCGGAAAUGAAUUGUUUAUACUGAUCCGAUAUACCAAUGUCUAUACUGUCAGGCUUUGA